AUGCAGUUUCCAUCGUCCACAAGUCGUGCUCUUAACACAAGACUGGGUCGAAAUAGAACAAUAUCAGAGUCUGCAGUAAUUCACGGAAAACAUGCCGCCACCACUCCUCUUGUUUUUGAACAAGAGCUGAGUAUAUCAGGCAAGCAACUACCAUCACAAGAAGUACCGCAAGCAAAGGAUGAAACGGUAAAGCCUACCCUCAUUGUGAACGAGACUUCUCUUGCUGAUCUUACGGAUGAGUUGAAGUCUGUGAGAGUUUCCAAAUCAUCGGGAGCUGCCACCGACUGA